AUGUCACAACGAUCCAUGGACGUGGAAAAGAAGGCAGCUAACGCCGAUAGUUGUUCCGUGAGUACCUCGAGCGUUAACGUGGACGAUGCGGACGUCGCUUUAAGAUUUUUGAAGCAGAACGGCCUCGACGAAGGCUCUACGGUUGAUGAGGACGAUAGCGUUGCAGGCGAAGAGGCCAACUUCUAUGGUUCUCAUGAAUUAGCUCCGAAGGUGCUGAGAAAAGUAGAUCUCUUCAUUCUGCCCUUUUUAUGCUGUACGUAUCUUCUGAUGUUUUUGGAUAAAGCUCUGCUGAACUAUGCCGCAUCAAUGGGUAUCAAAGACCAUUUGAAAGGCAACGAAUUUUCUAAUUUGGGUACUAUUUUUUCUGCUGCUUACAUUUUCAUGGAACCUGUGGUCACUUACCUAAUACAAAAAUUUCCUAUUUCCAAAAUCCUAGGUACUUUUAUUACCGUCUGGGGUAUUGUGCUGGCUUGUCAUGCUGCUUGUAAGACGUACGCCUCGUUGAUGAUCGUUCGUACUCUCUUAGGUCUCUUUGAAUCCUCAAGUGCAGUUGGUUGUAUCGCUAUUAGUGGUAUGUAUUAUACUAAAUCUGAACAGAGUGCAAGAAUCGGAUUCUGGGCCACACAGGCUGGUACUGGUUAUAUUGUCGGUGGGUUAAUUUCUUUUGGGUUUUUACAUUACCAUGGUACUGCUUUUACCUCUUGGCAAAUUAUGUUUUUGGUUGUUGGUCUGGUUACCGUUGCGUUUGGUGUUCUGACAUUCUUGUACCUUCCAGAUAACGUCACUAAUGCUUGGUUCUUGAACAAAGAGGAGAAAAUUCAAGUUGUUGAGCAUAUCAGAGCUAACCAAACCGGUUUGGAAACAAAGAAGUUUAAGAAGCAACAAGUUAAAGAACUAUUCCUUCACGAUAAGUUUACUUGGCCAAUGCUUUUACUAACUGCAUGUUCUCAAAUUUCUACUGGUGCUAUUGGUACAUUUUCAGUGACUAUCACUGGUACUUUUGGUUUCGACAAGUAUGAAACAGCAUUACUGCAGUUGCCUAUUGGUGCCAUUACAGCUAUGAUUAUUCUUAUAACAACCCAAAUGUUGUCCCGCUGGGGUCAUAUCACACUCAUAACCACAUCUAUGUAUAUUCCAGCUAUUAUAGGUUGUAUCGUUCUUAUCAGUUUGCCAUUAUCCCAUAAGAUCGGUAACUUAUUUUCUCUGUACUUGCUUUACAGUGGUUCCUGUGUCAUUACUAAUAUUUACAUCUGGAAUUCAUGCAACACUUCCGGUUACACCAAAAGGGUUUUCAGAAAUGCCAUUACAAUGAUUGUAUACAACGUCUCCUGUAUUAUUGCUCCACAGAUGUUUAGGGCGUACUCUGCUCCACGUUACAUCCCAGCAAAGAUUGCCCUAUUGGUCACUCAGUGUGUUUGUGUUCCCUUGCAAUUAUACAUCGGCUACAUUUGCAAGAAGGAGAAUGAAAAGCGUGAUAAGGAACAAGAAGGUCAAGAAAAGAAGAAGUACCAAUUUUUGGACUUGACUGAUAUCGAAAAUAGAAAUUUCAGGUACAUCUACUAA